AUGCCAGAGGAAGAAGAAUGUCCAUACGUCCAUACAGAUAACUACCCCGGCUUUCCAUCUCGUAAGGUUCGCGCCAUGCUCAAACCACUUCCAGCUGUGGCGCACCGGCCCAUCUCAGCCACAAUGGGCAACGAUUGGCAACGCGCCGCCGCAACCAGAUUCACCGUGCUGAUGCCAUUAUGA